GCAGAGGGACAGAAGCGGAAAAACAGCGGGCUUGUUUGAAAAGAGGAAACCGUCUCCCUGGUUACUGACAGCCGUGUUAUCCACACAGAAGUUUCAUCUGGCGUUGUACAAAACAAUAUAACGGAUGUACACGGGUGAACCCUUCAAUUUCUCACAGUUCGAAGUAUGUCGUGACGUUUUGUUUUCUAGCGCUCUGACUUCAGAAAGCUGUCAACACCAGAAAGAGUGUAACUCUUUAUGCUUUACGUGGCUAACGCUAGCUAAGUAAUCUCAGUGUUGGUCUUCCUGGUGCUGCUGCAGGGUUGAUAUCUGCCUGGUUAGCAAGCGAUCGAAAUAGGUCUGAAAAUGAGCUCAAAAGACGAUGCUCGCACCCUGGUAUUGGAGGAGCAGGUGAAGACUUUAUCAGAUGAGCUUUUGCAAUGCCAGGCAGACAAGGAGUUUGUGUGGUCUCUGUGGAAAAGGCUGCAAGUGGCAAAUCCAGACUUGACCCAGGCUGUCAGUUUGGUGGUUGAGCGUGAGAAGCACAAAGCUGAGAUUAAGGACAGGAAAGUGUUGGAGAUCCUUCAGUCGAAAGACUACAAGAUUCAAGAGUUGGAACAGAGAGUAACCGGGCAGCAGCAGGAGAUUAACGGCUUGUUACAAAGGAGGACGGCGGAAGAGGAGAGUGAUUUAAUGAAGAAGGAGCUGACAGCGCUGCGUGAACAACUGGUCAAUAAGAGUCAGGAACUUGAGCUUACUUUCCCGCUACGGACAACAGAGAAUACUUAACAGCUGGAAAGUCUGCAUGUGAGAAAGAAAGCGCGAGCCAGAGAAAAGCAGGUUGUUAACUUGCAGAUAAAUACUUAAUGCCUCCUUCAGUGGGGGGAAAGUGAAUAAUGUGCAUGCGAUGGUGUGGCUUCUGCCUAA